ACAUGCUUGCUGAAACGCAACAUCAUGCUCCAGGACAAAGAGCUGUUUUUGUGUCUGAGAGGUUUCAGAGAAGUGUGGCAAGCUGUUUGACCAUGUGGUAUUUCCUGAGCGGCAGGGACUCUGGGACUUUGCGGAUAUAUUUCCGGUCAAGCGUCACCCAAGACGACCUCAUUUUUGAGACCAGUGACAGUGAAAACACAUGGAAACAGUUUGCAGACAAUUCGUUUGGGCCAAAAGGAUUCCAGGUGGUGAUUGAAGUCGAGUCUGCAGGCAAUGGGUUUGUUGCUGUAGACGACAUAGACCUGAUACUUGGACUUUGUGGUGACACUGCCAUUCCAGCAAUUGAAGACUUUGCCAGUUGUGAUUUUGAGGUUGGUACGUGCCAAUGGGAAGACACUAGCCAAGGACAAUUCAUUUGGAAGAGGGGCAGCAAUGGGACAGCUAGCUCAAACACAGGACCCUCUGCUGAUCACACUACUGGCACUGAGCUGGGAUGGUACAUGGCUGUGGAGGCCAAUGAUGGAGACAGGUACAGUUACGCAGUCCUGCAAAGCCCAAGUAUGAAACAAGCAAGUUCAGAAUGCCUCAUGGAAUUUUACUAUCACAUGUAUGGAACUGGUAUUGGGGAGCUGAGUGUUUACCUACGAGAGGGAUCCCGUGACACUCUGUUGUGGAUAUCCUCUGGAAGCAGAGGAAACGAGUGGAAGAGAGCUGUGGUGGGGAUAGGCCGGACCCCUGGAGUAUUCCAGCUUCUGCUAGAGGCCACCAGAACCUUUAGCGUCCUGGGAGACAUUGCAGUUGAUGACAUUCAUUUUCAAAACUGCUAUUUAAGAGAACCACAGGCUACGUGUCCUGAAGGCACAUUUAAAUGUUCCAACUCUGCCUGCAUUGAAAUGUCCAGAAUAUGUGAUUUCAGUGAUGACUGCGGGGACAGAAGUGAUGAGCUUGACUGCGAGCUAAAUGGUUUCAAGGGGCGCUGUAGUUUUGAAAAUGGAUUGUGCUCCUGGGAGAACAGUGACCUGGACACUCCUGGUUACAACUGGCUACGGCAGCAAGGCCAAUCAGCUGUGUGGAAAACGGAACCGCCAAGAGACCACACCAAGAACUCUGCAGCUGGUUUCUAUGUUAUUGCUCAAGGCACAAACCAAAAUAAAGGGGACACAUCUUUAAUCCAAUCUAGCACUUUACUUCCAUCUACGUCCUGUACUGUGCGUUUUUAUUACUACAUUCACGGGAAGGAUGAUGGAGUGUUGUAUGUGAAGUUGAGGAGCUCUGCCAGUGGCGGAGGUGACAGAAUUCUCUGGGUCCGAGACAGGGAAGUUGGAUCUUAUUGGGAAAGAGCUGAGAUUACUUUCUCCAGCCCAGUAAAAUCUAAGAUUGUUUUGGAGUAUACUUAUGGAUCUGGCAAUGGAGGACAGGCUGCAGUGGAUGAUAUUUCUUUCUCAGGCGAAUGUGUUCAUGAUAAUGAGAACAGUAUUCUUCCACCCUCUCCACCGCCAACAGCUGGGCCCUCCACAACACCCAGCCCUUGCCAGGUUGACCAGUUCUUCUGUAGCAAGUCUGAAAGUGGUUACUGUAUUCCUGCCAGUUCAAAAUGUGAUUAUAGCAUUGAGUGUCCUAUGGGAGAGGAUGAAGAGAACUGUGGUCCCUGUACAUUUGAAAAUGGCCAGUGUGGUUGGAAUGAUCAGAGUUCUGGAAGAUAUGUUUGGCAGCGGCAGAAGGCUGGUCAUAUGGCAGAACCAGGACUGGAUGGGCCCAAUACAGAUCACACAACAGGAACAGGGUACUAUAUGUAUGUGGAGUUUGGAACAGGGCAGUUUCUGGAUGAGGCUUUAUUCAUAAGUCCAUAUCUUCCAAAAUCUUCGCCAUACUGUCAAAUCCACUUUCAUUUCCACAUGUACGGUUUGGAAGUUGGAACCCUCCACAUGGUUGUGGAGAAGAGCAGUGGCUCACAGACAGUGGUUUGGUCACAUUGGAACAGCACAGGGAACCACUGGAAUGCAGAGUAUGCAAAUGUGGGAGAAAUGACGGAACCUUACAGGAUCCUGUUCAUCAGCCAGCCUAGACUAAACCUGGACAACUCUGCAUCAGCGACAGAUGACAUUGCACUGGAUGACAUUUCUUUUAGAAACUGUGAAAGCUCCUAUCAACCACCAGCCUUACCUUCCUAUAACUGUACAUUUGAGAUUGAUAUGUGCGGCUGGGUGCAAGGGGUCACUGAUAACUUUGACUGGCAGAGAAGAUCUGGACCAACUGAAACUCAUAACACAGGGCCUACAGGAGAUCACACGACCGGCUCAGGUAAUUAUUUGUAUAUUGAAAGCUCCAAUCCCAGAAGACUGGGGGAUAUGGCUCAACUCAGGUCUCCGUUAUUAGCCCCUACUGGACCUGAUGGCUACUGUGUUACAUUCUGGUACCAUAUGUUUGGAGCCACUGUUGGAUCUCUGAGUAUGUACCUUCGGAGGAAUAUGUAUGAGUCUAAAACACUGGUGUGGCAGAGACGAGGGAAUAUUGAAGAUGAAUGGCAAGUAGCCUAUCGUCACGUAACACUCCAGGAUAUCCAUGAAAUAGUUUUUGAAGCCACUGUUGGAGGAGCUGCUGGGGACAUUUCUAUUGAUGACAUUUCAUUUACCUCAGGAUCCUGCCCACCUACGGAUCUCUGUGACUUUGAAGAAAAUGACUGCAAUUGGAUCCAAGCAACUGAUGAUGACUAUGACUGGGCAAGAGGCUUUGGCAGGACUCCUAAUUCAGACACUGGACCCAGUUUUGACCACACAACCAAUACAGCAACUGGCUAUUACCUCUACCUGAAAAACUCCAACCAACACAGGCCAGGGCAAAUAGCAAGGAUCAGUACUCCUGAGUACUCUGCAGGAAGUGACAGGUGUUUGCAGUUUUGGUAUCACAUGUAUGGAGCAGGCAUCGGAACACUGAAUGUGUACAAGCAUGAUGUCAGUACGGCCAACCAGUCCGUUCUGUUUUCCCAACAAGGCAACCAAGGUGUCCUUUGGAGAUUUGCUCAAGCAAGCCUUUAUCAAAGUGAUACAUCUCCAUUUCAAAUUACAUUUGAAGGUAUAACAGGAGCCACUGUGCAAGGAGACAUGGCGUUAGAUGACAUUUUGGUGUCCAAUGGGCCAUGUGUACCUCCUGGAUUCUGUGACUUUGAGAUCAAUCUCUGUGGCUGGACAAACAUUGAGGUAGUUGAUGAAGGGGACUGGCUUCGAAGCAAAGGAGCUACUCCCAACAUGAACACUGGACCUAGUGUUGACCAUACGACUGAUUCUGGACAGGGUUAUUAUAUCUAUGUGGAUCAUUCCCAGGGAUAUCCUGGUGACAGAUCCAUGCUGGUUAGUGAAAUAUUCCCUUCUGCUGUUGGUGGCCGCUGUCUGACCUUCUGGUAUCACAUGUAUGGGAAAGACAUUGGGACCCUAACUCUUUACAGCAAUAACAGGACACUGCAUGAAAGCAGUAACACAUAUGGAGAUCUGAUUUGGAGUAAAUCUGGUAGCCAGGGGAAUGCCUGGCUUCAAGGAAUCGCAACAGUUGACUUUCUUGAGCCAUACUGGUUCAUAUUUGUGUACAUAAAAGGAACUGGUCUGAGUGGUGACGUCGCCAUUGAUGACAUUGAGCUUCAUUUUGAGUCCUGCUCUCUGCCUCCACCAACCACAGAUGUCCCCACAGUUCCACCUACCUAUGCCCCCACUGCUAAUGACUGUGACUUUGAAGAGGACCCGUGCAGCUGGCAACAGGACCCGCAUAAUGAUUUUGAUUGGCUGAGGCAGCGGGGGUCAGCAGGGUCCGGCUCAAUUGGACCAGCAGGAGAUCACACCACUGGCAGCGCAAGAGGUUAUUACAUGUAUAUUGAUGCAAGCAGUCAAGUUGCAGGAGCCAGAGCAAGGAUCCAGAGUGCUUCUGUAUCUGUAGCCUCAGAGGAUCUUUGUGUAAAGUUCUGGUAUUAUAUGUAUGGAGGGAAUGUUGGCUCCUUGAAAGUGUAUUAUCAUGAAGCAUUUAAAGACACACUUACUUGGAUAAAGAAAGGAACCUGGGGGCCACAGUGGAAUUAUGCACAGAUUUACAUUACUGGCAACAAUAACAUUGAAAUCAUAUUUGAAGCUGUGAGAGAAAAUAAAUGGGCUGGUGUGAUUGCAUUGGAUGACAUCUCAUUUAACACAGGGCCCUGUCCAUCAGCUCGAGAUUGUGACUUUGAGAAUGGCCAGUGUGGUUUUUCCAAAGAUGCCAGUUCAGAUUUGGACUGGACCUUGGGAUCUGGUCUAAUAACCCCAUCAGGUCCCAGCACUGAUCACAGUUAUGGGACACGAUAUGGUCAUUAUAUGUACUUUGCGACAUCAGUGACUCCUCCACAGACUAUUAAAGCCAGAUUAGACAGUCCAGUGUAUCCGCCUUCAGCACACUGCUUACGGUUUUGGUACUAUAUGUCCGGCAGUGGCAUACCAUUUCUUAGGGUGUUUCUGAGAAGACAGAAUGCAUUUACUCACCCCGUCUGGAGCACAGAGGGACACCAAGACACUGAGUGGCAUGCAGCCCAAGUGGAUAUUAACAGCCCUGUUGCAUUUCAGGUCACAUUUGAGGGAAUUGUUAAUCCUGAGGUGCUAGGAGAUAUUGCUAUUGAUGACAUCAGCCUCCUGGAGGGACCUUGCUUACCGUUAGGAUAUUGUGAUUUUGAAGAUGAUACAUGCACUUGGAAAAAUGCUUUAGAUUACGAUCAGUUUGAUUGGAAGAGACACAGUGGACAAACACAGUCAGAAUCCACGGGACCAAAGGUUGAUCAUACCUUGGGCACAGUAUUUGGCACAUAUCUUUUAAUGGAUGCAUCAGCGCAUUGUGUGCGGGGUGACAGGGCCUGGCUACUGUCUCCAUUUAUAGAUUCUUCCAUAAUGCAUUGUGUCACAUUUUGGUAUCAUAUGCUGGGCAGUGAUGUAGGAAAUCUAACAGUGAAACAGCAAUGGGCUAAUCGCCCUGCUAUAGACCUUUGGACAAAGACUGGAAACCAGAGUGACGAGUGGCUCCCAGGUUUUACUUUGAUGUCAGUUGAAGGGAAAGGAAAAUACAGGAUCAUUUUUGAAGGUGUGGUGGGAAAUGGACCUGUUGGCACCAUUGCCAUUGAUGAUAUAGUGAUAGAGUCUGGAGCCUUCUGCCUGGUUGAGCCCUCCCCCCCCCCCUCGUGCCAGUUCCAGUGUGGAGGUGCAUGGGGCGAAUGUGUGACCCUGUCUCAAGUAUGUGACUUCAUGAUAGACUGCGAAAAUGGAGCUGAUGAAGAUUUUUGUGGAUAUGAUUGCACUUUUGAGGGUGAUGCUGGUCUCUGUGGCUGGGGUGAUGAAAGCCAUGGUCCUUACCAAUGGCAGAGAGGCAAAGGAACCACAGCUGAUGCAAACACUGGGCCCACUACUGACCACACCACUUUGACAAGUCUUGGUUACUAUGUCUAUGUUGAUGCCAGCAUGGGAAAUGAAGGCAGCUAUGCAGUUUUGAGGACUCCUAAUCUUCGCCAGGCUAGUGCUACCUGUCAGUUGAUUUUCUGGUAUCACAUAUAUGGCUCUGGGAUAGGAACUCUACAGGUUGCACACUUAGUAGGAUCCAGGGAAACUCGGCUUUGGUGGAUCUCAGGAUCACAGGGAGACCUGUGGCACAGAGCGGUAGUACCUCUGGGAAGGCUUGUCCAGGACUUCCACAUUGCUUUUGAAGCUACUCGAACAUUCAGUGUCCUGGGUGAUAUAGCCAUUGAUGACAUAACAUUUGAAAACUGCGCUCUUCCAGCCUAUCACAUCCACUGCAGGGAUGGGCAGUUCCGCUGUGGAAGGGGUUCAUGUGUUAACACUGAUCGCCUGUGUGACUUCACAGAUGACUGUGGAGAUAGUACUGAUGAAAGAAUGUGUGAUGCAUACCCUGGUCGCUGUGACUUUGAAGCUGGCCUCUGUGACUGGGUUCAGUUGAAUGACGAGCUGAGAUGGACUGUGGGCAGAGGUGGUAUUGAACCUACAGUGGCGUUUGGACCUGAUCGAGACCAUACAACUGGAAUGUCAACAGGGUACUUUUUGUUCAUUGAUUCUCGCUACCCUCAUCAAAAUGGACAACAUGCAAAAUUAGGCAGCCCUCUUCUGACUAGUGGCCCAGAGUGUCAGCUGCGAUUCUACUAUUACAUGUCAGGAGAUAGUGUGGGUGCCAUAAGGGUUUACCUGAGAACCUCUCUUGGUGGACCACUGGAACUGCUGUGGGAAAGGCAGGACAAGGGUGGUGCUUACUAUGAGAGAGCAGAGGUGAGUGCGUUCAGCCGCCGCCCAUUCCAAGUGAUCAUUGAAGGGAGCGUGGGGAAUGAAGCUGGUCAUGUAAUCGCCAUUGAUGAUGCCUCCUUUUCAUCAGACUGCUGGUUGUAUGAAGGACAGCUUCCAUCAGGUUCAACACUUGCUCCUACCACCGAGAGCCCCUGCUCAACCAAUCAGUUCAGAUGUGGCCACAAUGAAUGUAUACCAGUCUCCCAAUACUGUGAUGGAGUGAUGAAUUGUAUUGAUGGAUUAGAUGAAGCAACCUGCGGUAUGUGUACGUUUGAGGAGAGGAGGUGUGGCUGGAGAGAUGACAGCACUGGAGAUCAUGCAUGGAGUCGUCAGCAAGGUCUGACGGCAACCGGAACAGCCCCUAAUGCUGACCACACUACAGGAACUGCUAUGGGCUGGUAUAUGCUAGUGGAUUUAUCCACUGGUGUGUUUGAAAGUGAAGCCCUCCUACAGAGCCCAGUACUUGGAGAAGCAGCCAGUUCUUGUACUGUUAGCUUCUGGUACCACAUGCCAGGAUUUGAAGGCUCAUCCCUGUCACUCUUCAUUGUUGAUAAAGAUGAGAGGGAAAUCUGGUCUUAUACAGCAGAAGGAGAAAAUCAGUGGAAUCAGGCUUUGGCCAGAAUAGGAAGACAGAAAUUUGGAUACAAGUUACUUUUCAAAGCCUGGACAAUGCCAGUAGCUGGAGAUGUGGCCUUGGAUGACAUUACAAUGAACAACUGCUACUUACCACCACCAAGGCCAUGCAUGGGAGGCGAGUUCCAAUGUGUCAGAGGUUCCUGUGUUCCUGAUGACAGCGUGUGUGACUUCACUGACCAGUGUGGGGACAGCAGUGAUGAAAACGACUGCUCUACUUAUGAAAGAUGUGACUUUGAACAUGACUACUGUAACAUGACACACAGUGAAGACUUGCAGACUACAUGGAACAGGAGAAAUGGCUUAACUAAUAAUGUUGGUCCAACAUUUGAUCAUUUGGGAAACCGCACAGCACAUUACCUAUCUCUGUCAGACCAUGGUGGAGAUCAUCCCUCUGCAGGUUUAAGAAGUAUUGUUUUCCUUCCAACAAACACUGGACAAACUUGCCAGGUUAAAUGUUACUACCACUUUGGGAGAUUAAGUGGAGCACUAAAUAUAGGAAUACGGACCCAUUUUGAUGGAGACGUCAGAGAGAUUUGGAAGCAAAACGUGGCCCAACAAGAGCAGUGGAAACGUGUAGUUGUAACUAUUAAUAGCACAGAGAAAUUUGAGGUGGUUAUUCAAGGAAGAAUAUUUGCUGUUAACGGGCCAUCUGAAACACUGGCCAUUGAUGAUAUUUCCUUCAGUAAAGGAUGUGUGCCAGCAUCUGAUGCAGCCUUGUCAUGCCCUGAAGGGUUUGGUGCAUGUAACAGUAAGUGCAUUCCCAACAUAAAAUUCUGCAACUUUAUUCACGACUGCCCACCUGACCGAGCUGACGAAGAUAGCUGUCCUGAUGUCUGUGAUUUUGAGUCUGACCAAUGUGGUUGGAAUUCUGAGGAGCCAACAGAACAAAUUUCAUGGCAACGUAUGAAAGCCGGCGACAGUGCUGUGGAUGGGACUGCGCCACUGAAGGAUCACAGCCUCAACUCCACUGAAGGUCAUUACAUAGGGGUUGGAGUUAAUAACAUCACUUAUAACACAACCACAUUCUUAAAAAGCUCCAUAUAUCAUAGCUCGGGACUAAACUGCAGCUUUCACUUUUACUACAAUAUUGCAGGAUGCAGUAUAUUAAGUGUAUGGCUUCAUACAGCAGAGGAAGCUCAGCUAUUGUUUAAAACGCACAGUGCUACCCAGAAUCAGUGGCUUGGUAAAGAGGUGAAGUUUCCCACAUGCCUUCAAGAGUUUCAGAUUGUUUUUGAAGGGGCUAUUCAAAGCCCCACUGGAUUCCUAGCACUGGAUAGUUUUAAAUUCUCUAACUGUGGAGUAAUGGAAGUGCCAGUCUGUCCUGUGGAAAUGUUUGCCUGCAGGACUGGCUCCUGCAUCCCUAAUAGUUCAGUGUGUGAUUACCAGGUAGACUGCUGUGAUGGAGCUGAUGAAGAGCCACAAACUUGCUCCAACUACACCAUGUGCAAUUUUGAAUGCAAUUUGUGCAGCUGGGAACAGUUAAGCUCAGAUAAUGCAAACUGGAUAAGACAAGAAGGGCAGCCAUCUACCCAACCAGGGAUUCCCCACACAGACCACACUACCGGUGCACACAACGGAUCAUUUCUCUAUCUAACUGCAAACACACAGUCUGACCCGGAGGUUUUAGCUCAGCUUGGCAGCCCUGUUAUACAGAAACAGUCCCUGACGUCACCUAUUUGCAAGGUGAGGUUUUGGUAUCAGCUGUCUGAAGGAGCUAAACUGGUGAUCUUCACAAGGACAGCACUGGGUGGUGAUUUAAGGAUGACAGAUGACAUCAUAAACCGUACAUCCAACAUAUGGGAAAAGGCUGAAAUAACCAUAGAACCGACUGCCAUGGAAACACUGAUUCCCUUUCAGAUUAUUCUUCAAGCCUCUGUUUCAUUAGGCAAUGCUUCUGUUGCGAUAGAUGACAUAAGUAUAACCCCAGCGUGCACUACUGCAGAAGCGUUGCUCCCUGAUACCACAACUAAACAUAAAGCUGCUACGUGUGAUUUUGAAGCGGAUGCGUGUGGCUGGUAUGAGAAUGUUCCAGGGGAUGGGUUUGAUUGGAGAAGGAGCUCACAAAUCACUGUUCCUCCUGAGUACCAGAGUCAGGCUCCUCCACAGGACCAUAGCACAAAUACAACAGAGGGACAUUUCAUGUUUGCUCUGAAAAACAGCAGCCGCUUUUCACAGAUAGCUGAGCUGAGGAGUCCCAGGUUCAGCCAAUCUGCAACGGGCUGUACAAUGUCGUUUUGGCAUUAUAAUUAUGGCCAGGCUGUUGGAGCAGCUGACAUGAAUUUACGAGUAGAGGGUGAGAAUUGCAGCACCACUGUCAUAUGGAGGACUUUAUACAAUCAAGGAGACCAGUGGUUGCAGGCAGUUAUACAGCUUGGUCGUCUUACUCAGCCUUUUCACUUCACCCUGACGAAAGUCAGCCUCGGCGUUUUUGAUGGAGUGUCAGCACUGGAUGACAUCUAUUUUGAAAACUGCUCCCUUCCCCCACCCGCGGCAAGCUGUGAAGGCAGAGACAAGUUCCAUUGUCGAGAUACAAAGGCCUGCAUUGACCGGCUACUUGUGUGUGACCUCGUAGAUGACUGUGGUGAUGGAUCUGAUGAAGACCACUGCUUGAUGGAUCUGCAGUGCAACUUUGAAAACGGGCUUUGUAGCUGGACACAGGAUACUGCUGAUAGCUUUGACUGGACUCGAAUCCAGGGCCCCACCCCAACAUCAAAGACAGGGCCUUGGAAAGAUCACACUCUGGGAACUGUGAAUGGAUACUAUCUCUACAUAGAGGCAUCAGACCGGAAUUUCCAAGACACAGCUGUGCUGCUCAGCCAAACCUUUAAUUCCACCAUAUUAAAUGACAAGAAGCCAUGCAUCUUCCGCUUUUACUAUCACAUGUUUGGGCAGCAUAUUUAUAAACUGUCUGUAUACAAAAGGUCUUCUACCGAAACCAAAGGAGAAUUGCUCUGGAUCAAAUAUGGGGAACAAAGCAACAUCUGGUUAAGAGAAACCCUGUAUCUCACCAGCCACCAACCCUUCCAGAUUUUAGUGGAAGGUACUGUGGGUGAUGACUUUAAUGGAGAUAUUGGAAUUGACGAUCUGUCCUUCAUGGACUGUGUUCCCUAUAAUGGUGAGUUACCACCAACAGCCCCAACAACACCUUCAGGAACCUCAAACCCCAUCACUGCACAUCCUCACAACUGCACAGUGAACCAGUUUGUGUGCAGAGCUACUGGCCACUGCAUUGACCUAAUGAACAGAUGUGACUUUAGAGAUGACUGCUCUGAUAAAUCAGAUGAACUCACCUGCGUACAUCCAAUGUGUGAUUUUGAAGGAGGUAAUAUGUGUGGCUGGUACCAAAAUGUAAUGACGAUGUCUUCAAAAGUAGAACAUGCUUUUCAUUGGUUUACUGGUCAAGGCUCCACCCUCCACCCUGGUGAAAAAAACCACAGGCCCACCAUUGACCAUACUUUAGGGACUCCUCAAGGCUGGUAUAUGUAUGCUGACAGUUCAAAUGGAGAAUUUGGUCAAAUUGCAGACCUCCUGACACCAGUGAUCUCUCAGACUGGGCCGCAGUGUAAACUAGUAUUUUGGUACCAUAUGAAUGGAGUCACAGUGGGGUCAUUACAGGUAUUCAGUAAAUUUGGCAAUGUAACUCAUGAGGUUUGGUCUCAGAGUGGAAGCCAGGGUAACAAAUGGACACGAGGAGAAGUAAUCCUUGGAAUCCGCUACAAUUUUGAGAUUAUCCUGAGGGCAAAGCGUGGUGUGAGUUACAUUGGAGAUGUAGUGGUGGAUGACAUUUCUUUUGAAAACUGCGCCCCUUUGCUGAUUCCAGACAGGCAGUGCACUGCUAAUGAAUUUGCAUGUGCCAACAAAUACUGUAUCCCGAAAGACAGUCUGUGUGACUUUAAAAAUGACUGUGGUGAUGCAUCUGAUGAGAAUCCAUUUAUCUGCAGAAAUUUCCAGGGGCGUUGUGAUUUUGAAUUUGACUUUUGUUCCUGGCGUCAGUGGCAUAACGAUGAUUUUGACUGGCUUCUAAAAGCUGGAAGCACACCUACUAUUGGAAGUGGGCCUCCCACAGACCAUACACUAAGAGAAACUUCGGGACAUUAUAUCUACAUCAAGAGUACUCUGCCACAGGUUCCUGGGAACAAGGCCAGAAUUUCGGGUCCAACUAUCAGCAAGAACAGUAAAGAAUGCAAGAUCAUUUUCUACUUCCACAUGGCUGGAAAUGGUAUUGGAACACUGAAUGUGUACCAGGUGACCAUUUCAGAUCAAUACUUGUUACUUCUGAACUUAACUGGGGACCAGGGGAACUACUGGCAAAGAGAAGAGCUCUUACUGCAUGCCGAGGAAGACUUUGUGGUGAUGUUUGAAGGGCAGGCUGGGAAAGGCGUGAAACGACUAAUUUCUGUGGAUGAUAUUCUCUUCACCAGAGAAUGCCUGUUAGCUUCUUCAUCUGGCCCAGCAGAACCAACAUCACUUCCUCCCUCAGGCUCCUGCCCACAUGGCUAUUUGGAGUGUCAGAAUGGAAAGUGUUAUAGACCAGAACAAAGCUGUGAUUUUGUGAAUGACUGUGAAGACAAUACAGAUGAGAAAGAGUGUGGCACCUCCUGCAACUUUGAGGUGGGGCGCUGCGGAUGGAGAAAUUCUUUGGCAGAUAACUUUGAUUGGAUGCUAGGAGAGGGCUCGACGACGAGUCUUCGACCGCCGAUCGACCACACACUGGGGAAUGAAAAUGGGCACUUUGUGUAUCUCGAGGCCUCCUCUGAUGGUCUGAAAGGUGACACAUCUCACAUGAAGAGCUCCAAGUGGAAAGAGUCCAGAGCUACGUGCAAGCUGGCUUUCUGGUAUUAUUUUUCUGCCACAGCCACUGGGCUUAUCCGGCUGCUUGUGAAGACAGAGAGAGGUUUUACAGAGCUGUGGAACAUGACUGGAAACCAAGGAGGCCAGUGGAACAGGGCUGAGGUGCCACUGAGGAAGAUGAGAAACUUUGAAGUGAUAUUUGAAGGAAUUCGAGCCAAGGAUUUUGGAGGAGGAGCUGCUAUAGAUGACAUUGAAUUUGUCAACUGCGUGCCAAGCGGAGAGCCACCAGGGUCGUGCCCUGCGGUCACUGAUUAUGUGUGUAGGAAUGGAAAGUGUAUUGAAUCUCAUCUUAUCUGUGACUCCAAGCCAGACUGUGAGGAUGAAUCAGAUGAAACUGACUGCAGUGGCAUUCUGUCAAUACCUGGUGCCUGCAAUUUUAACAUGGCUGAGACAGAGUCCUGGGAAGCACAGUGCUUACUAGAGCAAAACAUGAACGAUGACUUUGACUGGAGUAUCGGCAGGGGUUCAGUGGCAGAGGGAACAGGACCAAGCAGUGAUCAUUCCAAAGAUGGUAAAGGGAGAUACAUUUACAUCAAUUCUGGAGCCCAGAUAAAAGGAGACAUUGCAAUACUAACAACACACCUGUCCUACCCAGCAAGCCUUGGGGUCUGCCGUGUACGCUUCUGGUACCACAUGUAUGGCUCAAGACAUAUGGGGACAUUGAAGGUUUAUACGGUUGGAGAAAGUGGCAUAAGCCUGUUGAUGUGGUAUGUAAAUGGCUACCAAGGAAACACGUGGAACUAUGCAAAUGUUAUUCUCUCUAAUCAUAGCCCCUUUAGAGUGGCCUUUGCAGCAGAAGUGGGUGGAGACAGUCUAACUGAUAUUGCCUUGGAUGAUAUUUCUUUCACCCCAGAAUGUGAAGUUGGAGGCCCAAUAACACCUCAACCCCUGACCUGCAGCCCGGAUUCAUUCCAAUGUCAGUAUGUUUACGAGUGUAUACCACUGACUUGGCUGUGUGAUUGGGAGCCAGACUGUGUGGAUGAGUCUGACGAGUCAAACUGCCCCACUAAGAACCCGGGUACACUGCCCCCUCAGGAUCUGUGCGGGGACGGCCAGUUCCAGUGUAGCAAUGAUCAGUGCCUGCCCUCCCUGCUGAGGUGUGAUGGAGUCGCUGACUGCCCCAGUGCUGAAGAUGAAUUUAGCUGUCCUUGUAAACUGUGUUUGAAUGGCUCACUGCUGUGUGAAGACACAGGAAGGUGCAUGCCUGCCUCCCAGCGCUGCAAUGGCAUUGUGGACUGCAAUCAAUUCCAGCCUGAUGAGUCAAGCUGCACAGAAUGCCCGAGUGAAUACUGUAUGAAUGGCGGGACGUGUUUUAUAAAUAUGGAAGGCUCUAUGUGCCAAUGCGAACAAGGAUGGAGGGGGAAUCGCUGUAAUCUGAAAGAGAAGCUAAUUCCAACACCGAGCUCAACGCCUUAUCAUGAAAACGGAUCUGUUGGCAUUUUUGCUGGUCUGGGGGCUGGAUUAAUUCUGCUUGUGAUUGGAAUAGCUGCUGUUUUGUUGUUUGUGUAUAGAAGAAAAAUGCUCCCUCAGAAAUCUACUGAGGUGGGUUAUGGAAUAAUGGAGAAUCCUGUUUACGGGGGUUUUGAGGGCAAAUCUGAGUUCUCCAUGAGCGAUGCAGUCCCCGGGGUUAAUGUAAGUGUUUAUCCAUGGCUGGAGGAGCACCAGGAGGAGCCUGGCAAUAAAACACACACUGCUCAUUCAUUUGCCAAUCCCUUGUAUGUCUCUUCUGCUGGAGAUGUGAAACCUACUGCCUGAUGUCCUGAAGUUUAAAAAAUGAUCAUCUUUCAGUGUUGAAAACCAUUUGAACAAAAGAACAACUGUAAAGCAAAUCAGAGAUGUGUUAUGUUUCUAAUUUGAUUUGUUUAAAUUAUACAUGCUGAUACUGUCAUAAUUCAUACAAAUUUAAAGCACAUAAUGUAAAAACACAUUUUUUUGUUCAACAAUAAAUUAAUAAUCCAAGCUUUAAACAUGUUUUGUAUUUAUAUUCAUAUGUUUAUACUGACUGUUGACUAAAUUGUGGUAAAAUGAAAACUUAAUUGGAAAUGGGAUUUGAAAUGAAAGUCAUUGUUUUAUGGUACCCUGACAUAUUUGCUGAUGCUGUAAACACAUCCACCAAAGAACAAAGGUUACAUUUAAUGUGUGCUUGCAGCCUCAUAAAAUCACUGCCCGUUAGCUGUGUUGGAAAAGACUUGAAAUGGCGGUCUAACAAAAAAAAAAAAAAAAUCUUAAACUUUUUUGAUGAAAAGCAAUUUUAUAUAAAAUUGCAAAGUCAAUUAACAGGAUCACUGCCUGUUUUUUUUUUUUUUGUUUUUUUUUUUUUAAUACUCUUUUUAUUACACCUUAUUUCUUAUUUUGGGUGUUGAAGUCUUCAGUUCACAAUUAAAGUAAGCAAAGCUAGGUGUAUGCAAUAGUUCUAUCUUGAUGAAAUUCUGAUGCUUGCAAAUAAGCCAUAAGUUUAGGCACAGAAGCAUCAGGUAUACAUUAGUACUACAAAUAAACAUUCUGUCAGUGUCUUAUGUUAUUGAGUGCUCACUAUGGUGUCAGCAUUCCAAGCAACAGUUAACCUUUGUUUCUUUCUUUGUCUUUUGACUUUAAUUUCAGCUGAACUAGAAAAUAAAUAUUGAACAUGG